CCUUACGCCGCAGCCAUGUUCUUUUCGCUUCUGACGUUUGAUCGUUUCGCGUGUUUCUUAUAGAAAAACAAAAUGCAGAACGACGCUGGUGAAUUCGUUGACUUAUACUGCCCGAGGAAAUGCUCCGCGAGCAACCGUCUUAUCCACGCUAAGGAUCAUGCUUCCGUACAGCUUGUAAUUGCCGAUGUGGACCCAGCCACUGGCCGCGCCGCUGACACCAACAAGAUGUACGUCAUCUGCGGUGCCAUCAGACGGAUGGGCGAGUCUGAUGACUGCAUUGUCAGACUUACCAAGAAAGAUGGGAUCUUAACAAAGAACUACUGAGUAGUCGUGUAAGAAGCAUAUUUUAUAAGAAAAAAAAAUUAAUAAAAAUUCUUAAAAAAUCAA